AUGAUAUGCGAAAUGCAAAAAGAUUGGAAAUACCGUGUAGAAUAUGUGGAGCUUGAUGAGUUGAAGUGAGUUACAAAAAAAAAAUUUUGAAUUUCAAAAUUUAAAAAAAAAAUUACAGAAACCACAAAAUUCUACUAAAAACUGAAGCGGUAACCGUCCAGGCUAACUCAACUGGCCCAAGUUUUACCCGGAAAUUUGAAGGAUCCUCGACAGAUUCUUACGAUCUGUACAUGUAUAUCACAAAUACUUGCACAAGACUUGGAAACGAGGAAACUUUGGUGGAGUUUUUGGGAAAUGUUAAGAUUGGUACCGAGUUAGUUUAACUUCAAGGUUUUGCGGGGAAAAAAUGACAUUUUUUCAGAGAAGUGCGGUACGAUACAAGGGGAAUGCAAUUGAAUUAA